CUCCUCCCUCCGCUCGCGCUCUCCCUCCCACCGCUCCCCAGGGACAUCUGAGGAGCGCUCCGAGGUGCAGCGGGGCCAGGAGGGAGCCAGCCCGAGCCUCUACCCCUCCGGGUGGGCAGCGGGGGCAGCUGGGGCUCAGCUCCAAGGGGGGAUCAGCUCCACACAGGGCUCGCGUGUCGCCUUCGCCUGCACCGCUCAAGCAUUGGGAUGGGGUCCCCGCACUGGAAACGUCUCUGCCUCUUGCUGCUGGCGGCUUUUUCAUCCUCCCUCGUCCUCUACGGGCACUACUACGCCACGGUGGAGCUGCCCGCCGGCCAGAGGAUCAUAGCCAGCCUGCUGCAGCCGGAGCCGCUGCUCCUGGCUCCGUCAGGGACCUCGCACCCAGCCGGCAGCCACAGGGCCCUCCGAGGCAGCUUGGAGAGCAGGGAGUCCUUCAAACCUUCCUCGCAGCCAGAGGAGCCCAAACACAACAGAAGGCAGCCCAGCCCGUGCCCCCGCUCGGUGGUGGAGGCAGCCAAGGCGCACCCCACAUUUGGGGAGCUCUUCCAGUUUGCCACCCCAGUGCUGAUGUGGGACCAGCACUUCAGCCCCGAGACCUGGAACAGGCUGAAGGAGCGACACGUCCCCUACGGCUGGCAAGGCUUGUCCCACGCAGCCGUCAGCAGCACCCUCCGGCUCCUCAACGCCUCGGCCAACAGGCACCUCUUCGACCGGCGCCGCUUCCCGGGGGGCUGCGUGCGCUGCGCCGUGGUGGGCAACGGCGGCAUCCUCAACGGCUCGCGGCAGGGCGAGGCGAUCGACGCGCACGACCUGGUGUUCAGGCUCAACGGUGCCGUGAUCAGGGGCUUCGAGGAGGACGUCGGGACCAAGAUCUCCUUCUACGGGUUCACGGUGAACACCAUGAAGAACUCGCUCAUUGCCUACGAGGAGUACGGCUUCACCCAGAUACCCCAGGCUGAGGACCUGAAGUACAUCUUCAUCCCCUCGGACGUGCGGGACUACAUCAUGCUGAGGUCGGCCAUCCAGGGCAGCCCGGUCCCCGAGGGCUCGGACAAGGGUGACGAGCCACAGAAAUAUUUUGGACCGGAGGCAUCUGCAGAGAAGUUCAAGCUGCUGCACCCGGAUUUCUUACACUACCUCACAGCCAGGUUCCUGAGGUCGGAGCUGCUCAACAUGCAGUACGGCCACCUCUACAUGCCCAGCACCGGUGCACUCAUGCUCCUGACGGCGCUGCACACCUGCGACCAGGUCAGCGCCUACGGGUUCAUCACGGCCAACUACGAGCAGUUCUCGGACCACUACUACGAGGUGGAGAAGAAACCCCUGGUGUUCUACGCCAACCACGACAUGCUGCUGGAAGCAGAGCUGUGGAGGAGCUUGCACCAGGCGGGCAUCAUGGAGUUGUACCAGCGGUGAGGCUGGGCACCGGCCCACGGGGUGACCCCGAGGGCUCCCAGCGCAGCGUGGAAGGGGUCUCCUCCUUCCCGAGGGCCCCGUCUGUCCCCGGAGGGCUCUCCCGACUCAGCAGACCAGCCCGAGGUGCAGGCCCUCCGCACGGCAUGCCGGCAGCAGAGCCGUGGUGGUGGUGCUGACGGGAAAGCCCGUGAUUCCUCAGGGAUCUCCAGCAACUCGUUCGUGGCUCCGUGAGACCGAGCGUGGACUUUGGGGCACCGAAAAGUUCUGCUGAGCGUGGCUGUCACCUCCCCGUGCCACCAUGGGGUCCCUGGGGCAGCAGCAGGCCCUGGGAAACACGGUGCUUGUCUGCAGCUGGGGCAAGGGGAUGCUGGAAGAGGAUGCUGAUGAAGCGUACAUCCGACCACCUUUUUUUUUUUUUUUUUUUUCCUCUUUUUUUGAGUUUUCUGGAGAUUUACAGACUUUUCUGUGUUCAAAGUUUCCAGCUGGAAAACACCCUUCACGCUGCCAUCACGUCCCAGCCCAAACGCUUGGCACCGGGGCAGGACAAGUGGGAGGAAUCCUUGGCCUGGAGACGAGAUGGCCUGAAUUAAAGAAUGGUGCUGUGUUCGGA